GAUCGUCAGUCCAACUCACCCAGUUCGAAUCUGACUUGCAAUUUCUCAAAUUCAACCAAUCCCAAUAUCAAUCCUCUCUAUUUUCCAUCACUGGUUUUACUCUCCAUCUCCAAGUGAGAACAAAGGAUGGGGAUAAUGUUUACAAAGUUGUUCUCCUCACUAUUUGGUAACAAAGAAGCUCGAAUCCUCGUCCUCGGUCUCGACAAUGCCGGAAAAACAACAAUCCUGUAUCGACUUCAGAUGGGAGAAGUUGUCUCCACCAUUCCAACAAUUGGAUUUAAUGUGGAGACAGUGCAACAUAACAACAUAAAGUUUCAAGUUUGGGAUCUGGGUGGGCAGACGAGUAUUAGGCCGUAUUGGAGAUGCUACUUUCCAAAUACUCAGGCCAUAGUAUAUGUUGUUGAUUCAAGUGACACUGACAGGCUGGUAAUUGCGAAAGAUGAAUUUCAUGCUAUCCUGGAGGAAGAAGAGUUGAAAGGUGCAGUUGUUCUCGUUUUCGCAAACAAGCAGGAUCUUCCUGGUGCAGUUGAUGAUGCUGCAGUGACUGAGGCCUUAGAGUUGCACAAGAUAAAAAACCGUCAAUGGGCUAUUUUUAAAGCUUCAGCAAUAAAAGGAGAAGGCCUGUUUGAGGGCUUGGACUGGUUGAGUAAUACACUCAAAUCAGGGGGUUAGUUGCUGCUUACAAUUCCAGAGCUAACAACAGGGGGUGUGUCCCUCUAUUUACUUGGUGUGAUCUGUGAUAGUGAUUUUUGUACUUGAGCUGCAGCUACUUCUUUUUGGAUUAUCCUCACUAACUCCUGAAUGAAAAACUAAUAUAGGUGUUAAAAUAUCGGAAGCGGGGACUGUGCUGUGCAGCGUGUGCUAUGCACUAUCUGGAUUCUGGACCAUCCGUCUCGGUAAUCAAUGGUCGGAUUAAAAUGAAACUUUUCCGGGCUAACUCAUCCCCGAAAAGUUUUUUAAAAUUUGGACCAUCCAUAACACUUUUGAACAGUUGAGAUCGCACAGCAUUGUGCUAUGCACCUAGUGCACAGCACGCCCCCCGUUCGUAAAAUGUCAUGGACUCAUGGGACUUAUUAUUUAGCAGGUUAUGGUGUUUUCCAAGUUAUCUUUAAAUACUGACAACUGCCAUUUAUUUCGUCAUAUUUAUUGCAAAAGCCUUUCUUUUUCUUUUU